UUUACAGUGGUAUCUGCUCGCGGUCAAGAUGGCGAUAUUUAUUUUUCGGUGAGCCCCGCGGAACAUUCGGUCGUUGAAGGAUUUCCGGUUCGAUUAAGAUGCGAAGCUCAGCCGAGCUCGCAUAUCAAAUAUUCGUGGAAGAUGGAUGGACAGCCGCUUGCUCCCAGUCCGCGAAGACAUCAAGUCGAGGGUGAUCUUUAUAUCACCAGAGUCAACCGAAUUUUAGACAGCGGAAAUUUUGUCUGCGUGGCGACACACGAGGGAACUGGCAACUCGAUCGAGAGCUCGCCUGCCAAGAUCGACGUUCAAUGGAUCAGCGAGGCAAACGUUCAAUUGCAACAGCCGAAAGCAUCGUCUUCGAUUCACGUGGGCAGCGAGGUUGAGCUUCGGUGUCACGUCGAUGGCUCUGGCGACUUGAAAUACGAAUGGUUCAAAAAUACGAUAAGCGUGGGACGAAGCGAGCGUAUCGAGAUCAAGAAGAAGAAGCUGCACAUACACAAAGCAGUCGCCGAAGACAGCGGCAUGUACACUUGUCUGGCUAAGAACGAGGCAGGGUCCUCGCCUGUGACCGAGAGCUACCCCUUAAUCGUUUCCGGAAAUGAAACUGCGACGAUUGAGGUUAUUCCGAGAAACUUAAUUGCUAAGCGCGGCGAGCCAGCUGCUCUGCACUGCGUUUUCAAGGACGCCGACGAGGUACAGUGGUUCUUCAAAGAAAUCGGUCCGCUGGAAUCUGACGAGGAGCGAACCAUUUUUGACAAUGGCACUCUCAUGAUACACGCCGCCGAUCAAAGGGACCAGGGAUAUUACUCCUGUCAUGGAAUAAGGGACGAAACUACAGUCAGUUAUACAGUCGAAUUACAAAUUGCUUAUCUACUAAACUUUACAAUGGCCGCUUUCGAGCCAAAACGGGGAACUCAGUUGGCGAUUGUAGGUGAGGGUCAAGAAUUUCAAAUAAGUUGCUUAGAGCCUAAGGGGCUUCCGCAGCCUAAAGUUUAUUGGAGAGAUCCUACGGGACAUAUAAUAAGCGAUACCGGUCCCGUGCGCGUUCAAGACAACACGCUUAUUAUUGCGAAAGCACGAAUGGCCGAGGACGACGGCAACUAUACUUGCGUGGCCGAAAAUCUCGCUGGUGAAACGGAUAUAUCCGUCCAAAUAAUUAUAUCCAUUCCACCUAGUAUUGUAAGCUCUCCAGAAUCACUUAGCGUAACGGAAGGUGACUCCGUGACUCUGAGUUGUUCAUAUUCCGGUAUGGAACCGCCAGUAACGUAUGUGCACUGGUUAAAAGACGGAAUGCAACUGAGAGAAUCGGGCGGUCCAACGAGAUACCGCGUGACCGAUAAUCACGGCAAUGUUACUUUGCACUUCAAAAGCGUUGAUCUGUCCGACAAAGGACAUUAUAUGUGCCAGAUAUUCACUACGGGAUUUCCACCCGUGCUUUCGGAUCAAGCUGUUCUCACAGUCGAGGAGAAGCUCAAGUUCUCGCCGCAGCCUGUCAAUAAACGCUUAGAGCUCGCAUCUACGGCGAAGGUAUCGUGCAAAGCCCAAGGUGCUACGAAUCCCGCGGUAAAGUGGGUCAAAGAGGGCGAGGACGAGAAAUUUCCUAAGCACGUGCAAGAUAUCAAUGGCACUUUACACUUCAACGGUGUUAAGAUGGAGGAUAAGGGUCGAUAUACUUGCAUCGCGAACAACACUCAGGGAUCCAUCAAUCACACAAUUAGCAUCGAUGUAGUUGUCGCACCAAAGUUCACGAAACUGCCAGAUAAUCCGACAGAAGCUAUUGAGGGAUAUCCAGUAAUGCUGCAUUGUGUCGCCGAAGGUUACCCUACACCGACAAUUCAAUGGGAUAAAGAUUCUCGCAUGAACGACGCAGUUGAUCCUCGAUUCAAUAUAUUUAAGAACGGAAGUUUUUAUAUUGCAGAAGUUCAUCUUAGCGAUCAAGGAAAAUACGGAUGUACCGCUGGUAAUAGCGGUGGGCUGAAGCGAGAAGAAUUUCAAUUAAAUGUUAAAGUAGGAGAUAGAUAUAAAGCGGAAACAGAGCAAGAGAUCAGCGAUGACGGUCCUAUGAUGACUAAAACAGUAAUAAUUACUCUUAGCGUAGCUACGGGAUAUAUGGUGUUUGUAAUUGGUUUGAUGUUGUACUGUCGUUAUGAUCGUCGCCGCAGGAAGCGACAAUAUGCACAGCAUCAAACAGAAGAAAAAAUGGAAAACGGCGAUAUAAGAGAGGAACAAACGGAGUUGAAGGAAACAGGCACUAAAGUAAACUCAACAAUAAACAAGAAGAAAGAAAAUCGCGAUUCUCACAAGAGUGACGGCGCAGAUACAGCUCAGAGUCAAAGUAGUAAUCAGUCUAAGAAAUCUAAGUCAAAUUACGACAAAAUCGCUGUCUCGCGAAACAAUUUAAAGGAAUUGAAACCUCUCGGCCGAGGUGAAUUUGGUGAAAUCUAUACUACAAAGUAUCAAGUGGACGGUGAUAAGGAAUCCUUGGUUAUGGUAAAAAGUCUAACAAAUACGAAGGAUGAAAUCGCUCUUCAAGAAUUUAAGCGUCAUUUAGAUCUUCUGCACAAGCUCAAUCAUGAGAAUGUUGCCAAGUUGAUUGGUCUGUGUCGAGAGGAGGAACCCGACUAUAUGAUUCUAGAGUAUACCGAUUGGGGCGAUCUGAAACAGUUCUUGAUAGCUUCGCGGAAGGAUAAUAAUGCAAGUCCAACACAUGAAUCAAAGCCACGCGCGCCUCAGCUGUCAGUGGCGCAAAUACUAUCGCUGUCGAAUCAAGCUGCGAAGGGCUUAAAACACAUAGCCGAUAAUCGAUUGGUCCAUAAGGACAUAGCUGCUCGUAACUGUCUAAUUGCUAGUAAUCUAACGAUCAAGAUCUCGUUGCCGUGUAUGACCAAAGAGCCGUACUCUCAAGAGUAUACAAAGCAUCGAAACCAAGUGAUCCCACUGAGAUGGUUGCCCUAUGAAGCUGUAUACGAGGACGAGCAUUCCACCAAGAGUGAUGUAUAUUCGUUCUCAUGCUUAGUUUGGGAGAUGUUUCAUCAAGGCGAAUUGCCGUUUAGCAAGAUGAACGACGAGUCCGUGUUGGCUCAACUCAAGGCGCAAACGCUCACAUGGAAAGCGCACAAAGCGGCACCGCCGGCUCUUCAAGAGCUUCAAGUACAGUGCUGGGCAAAAGAUCCGCGCGAGAGACCGACCUUCGACGAGGUGGUCUCAAAAAUAGGUGAAAUUGUGGUCGACAGUUGUCUGUAAGCUAAAAAAUCGCUGUCGUAUAUUGUAAGGCUCUAAAUAUUGGAAAUAUUGCAAUAGUAAUAAUUGUGCGGAGCUGUUGAGAGGUAAGGCUGACGAGCGCCAAUGAUCAUGCGGCGAUUAAUCCCUCCAAUGCAAAGAGGAGGAGCUCGAGAACGCGCCGUAGAUUCGGAUACGAGAAUAAUUAACUGGUUUUCACACACGUACACGUUAACGCGCUUCGUAUGAAAUUAUAUAUACACGUAAUGGAUCGUUAGAAAUUCUGUUUUUUGUAAAUGGAAGAUGCUUGCUCAGUAAUCAUUGACUGCGUGAGGAAUGUAUUUCACAAUUAUGUGUUUCAGUAAUAUUAUCGGUACGUUUGUGCGUGUAUCGCUAAAUGUGAUAUGUAGAUCAGACUUUCACAUGAAAUUCAAUAUGCGCAAUGCAUGCGUCAAUGAUGCAUGCAUAUCAUUUAAUACUCAUCGUUAUACAUGAUCAAAUAAUAUCUCUACUGUAGGAGUUUUUAUAUAUUUUACACAUAAAGCGCUUAGAAGAUUUAGACUUUUUACUUAUCUCUUUUAUCAUUGUAGAUUUAGUAUUUUUUCCGAUCUUAUUAUAUGAACGUCAUUUUUUUAAGUCACAAAACAAAGCAAUUUCUUUCGUUAUUCUUCUUUUUAUAUAUCAAACGUUUAUCUCGAUUUCUUGUGUCGUUUUCAUAUUUUUAUAAACAGAACAUAAUAAGACUAUUGGUUCCACAAUAAUUAUUCAUAUUACAGUAUUUUUGUCGUGUUCAUUAGUUCGGUAAGAAAACAAUAUUUAUUUCGAAUAGCAUCAUCUCCACUCCAAUGACUGUUUUAUUUGAACUAAGUAAAUAUGGGCCCAUUAUACGUUACACAAUUAACGCAAUACUUAGUAUAUAUACAGUGUAUCAUUAUAAUAUUAGUCAUUGAUAUAAUAAUAGUUAUGAUCACAACACAUCGAAUACUCGUAAGAUACGUUAAUCAUUAGUUGAAGCCGAAAACUGAUGGCGGGAACGUUCAAUCAAAUCACUUAAAAUGUGAGGUUGAUAUAAUGGACUAUAAUUGACUAUAUAAUUGAAUGUCUCUCUUUUGGCGAUCAGAUCCGGCACUGCAAUGCAUAUUAAGAAAGUAUCAUGACCAUAUCAAAUAAGAAAAACAAUCUUAACUCUGCCUAUUUACUCUUACACGCGCUACAUCGCUAAGACGUAAAACCUAAGAAUUAUUUAUACCAUAUAUAUAUAUUUAUGUGUGUGAUAAGAGAAAGCAUGCAAUUUUGAGACCACUCACACUCGACGAAAAAGACGGCCUUUGUACAUACUAAUGGUACGUGUAAGGUUUUUUUAAGCAUGAAAAAUUAGCAUGUGAAUUAUGAUAUUAAUUUUUUAUUGAUGUGAUUAUAUAUAUUUGAAUUUUCCUAUGACUUUUUACUGGAAAAAAUUUCAUUGCAACAGCAUCACAGAUAAAAAAUCCACGCGCAUGUCUAGAUGACACGCAAAAAAAUAACGAUACAACAUAUACAUAACUUGAAAACUAUUUUUACACAUGGAAAUUAGUAUUGACUAAAUAACUCGCGAUAUUUUUACAUCCAGAAUUUACGGUUCGAGAUAAAUAGCAUGCGUGAACAAUCUAUUCAAUAUAAUGGUCCAAAAUAAGAAAAAUAUUCUGUAUGCAUUUGACUUUUAUUUAUUCGAUUUAUAAUAUCAAUUUUUCAUAACGAUUUUUUUAGCAUAGCGUAAACCGUGACAAGCAUUUCACACAGAAACAAAAACUUUAUUAGACAUCUAUUAGAUAUCGUAUGGAGUUGUUGACGUCUAAUGGAGUUUUUGUUCUCUAUCUGUAUGAGAUGUUCUAUCUCUGCAUUUUAUAUUCUACGCAAUAUUCGCAAAUCAAUUAUGACGCACAUAUUUGUUUCUUCCGUUUUAUGCCAGACGUUGAUGUUCCGAAAAUCGAGAUUCAAAAGGUACAAACAAUGGUACUAGCAUCACUUAGUCGUGCAGAGCGAUAAAAACAAAUACUUCUAUUUGGUAUUUGUGUAAUGCAAAAAAAUUACGAUCACGACAAAUACGAUCUUAUUUAAUAUAAGAAACAUUCACCGAAUAUAUACACAUGUUGGAUAUAUACCGCAUAUAAAUUUUCGAAAAUCUUCCGCUUAUGAAACCGUAGGUAGUUUCCGUGUGAACGCUCUAAUUAAGAAUAUGUAAAAGUACGAACUGAAUAAAUUGUUACGCGGUAACGAAUCACCAAUAAUUCUUAGAAUGUCUACAAGUGAAUUUUAUAAUGCUUAAAUGUUCGCUAUGUUAAUUAACAUAUACGUCAAGAAAUAUACUUGUGAUUAGUAUUGACGAUCGUACUUAAUAAUAUGAAAAAUCUGCAGCAUAUUUUUGAAGUUUAAUUUAAAGAGAACUUUCGACAGAUUUGGGAGUAAAUUAAAAUUUCUUUAAGAGCAAAAUUUGCAAUACAAUAAAAAAUAAUGUAUUUUUACAAUUAAAAUACUAAAUUGCUAUCUUUAUUGAAUAGAAAUUUUUACUAAUAAAUUUCAGUCAAAUAAUAAAAUAUUUAAGUGCAAGAAGGGAUUCAUAUUCAUAUAUCUGAGUACGACCACUGCCUGUAACAUAAAUUGCGCUAGGAGUAUAUCUUACAGUAAUCUAGCCCGCACUAUAAAUACGUAAAUUAAAAUGCCAAUUAAUUAUCUAAAGUCUUAUGUGCUCAUAUCAUUCGCUCAGAUAUUCAUCGUGAACGAUUACUGAUUAAAAAGAGCAAAAACAGUAAGGCACAGUUAUUAUGCUGUGUUGAUACAUUUCAUAUGUAAAAGCUACUAUUAUAUCGUCACUCCCUACGUAUAAUUCCGUAACUCCAAAACACAAAUUUUAGAGGAGAGCAGUUUAAAAGUUUAAAGCUUCAUAUAGUUUCUCUAGUUAAGGGAUAUUUCGGUUUUAACUUUUUACCUUAUGAAUAUUUUUUUAAAUAUUUGGUGACCAUAGAGAACAUG